AUGACCAGCGGACGAAUCUUCGCUAAGUGGCUUGGAAACAUCGACACAUCCGAUGAGCCUAAGCGCCAUGGACGUCGAGCAACCGUCAACGAGCGGAUCGCCGCAACCGUGUUCCAUAUCACCAUCAGAGUUACAGCGCCCCUCCUCUCAAUACGCAAGACCGGGGGCGAUGAUCCUCCCACUCAUCCUGAAACCACGUCUGCCCCAUCACCAAUAUCCACACACACUGCUCCGCCGCCUUCGCAUCUCAUUCGACGACUAAUUCCUCACGAACGCGAAAGUGAGGAGGGCUUUGAAUAA